ACACCAGUUCAAUCUAGAAACAUAUUAAUUUCUAAUGAAUGGUAUUAUUUUCAUUUCCCGUACAGGCGUUUGUAUUGACGAUGAAAGGGCCAGCAAUUUCUGCUUGAAGGCGAGGAAUCCAUGUUUCUGCGAAGAAAACCACCACUUCAUGUACAACUACUGUAAAGAUUCCUGCAAUUGGUGUGAUUCAUCCGAGAACGUUGGACACAAAUUCUGGAGAGUCGUAAACGAAGCACACCUCCCAAGAUCAUGGGUAAUAGAAAAUAUCAAAUUCUACAGUGACAAACACGCUAGGGUACCUCUUGAAACUAAACCCGCCAAAGCUUUCGCCAGCUCAAGUUACCUUGGUUACGAACCCGGGAGCGCAUUUGACAACAAAAGCAGUACCUACUGGCUUCCUAACGGAUGGUACGAUCGCGGAGCAGGCGAAGAUUUCAUUGGCUAUGAGUUUGAUCAACCCGUGGCCAUAAACUCUGUCCGUAUCAUCCAUCAGAAAGGACAAGGAAAUGUCGUUUCGACAAAAAUGUACGUUGAAGCUUCUGAUGCAUAUGGUGGACCUUAUGCCACGAAGUGGAUCAUUGAAAAUCCCAAAGGAAUCAGCAAUAAAAGAUUCAAUAACAAAAUGUGUCCUCUGUUUUGGAGACGGUUUUCAACUGACCAAGGAGUGUACUGUUUCAAGUUGAUGACGGACUUCAACACCUGGCAUGCGGCCAGAGACAAGUGCGCUGAAUAUGGAGCCGAUCUCGCCUCCAUUAGGGGCGAAGAGGAGGCUGACUUUGUCAAGAACCAAGUUCAGCUAUGCGGUUUCACUUGGAUUGGUCUAAACGACUUGAAGAAUGAGAGCGACUUCCGGUGGAGUGACGGAGGCAACCUGACAUACAAGUCCAUGAGUCCACAGAUGGAUUACAUCAAGGAUGAGAGGGCUGACCAAGAAAUGGAUUGUAUAGCUUCCGAUCAGAAUGGGCAAUGGACAACAUUCCACUGCGACGAUAAGUUCUACUCCCUCUGCAAGAAGAAGCUAACAACCGAAGACGAAGACGAAGAAGAAGAAAGCGACGAAGAUGAAGAAAGCGUAGUAAGCCACCACAAGAAACACCAUAAGGCUCAUCUGAAAUAUCACACGCUGAAGAAAAACAAAGUACGAAAACACAGCAAGAAAGUUAGCCUGGCUGAAGAACUUAAGGAAGCUAAAUCUAACAGCACUGAAGACGAAGAAGAAGAGCAGGAAAAUGACGAAGACGCCAUCCGCGAGGCUGUCAAGGCUCAAAAGAACUCCAAAAAACAAGGCGAUGAAGACGAAGAUGAAGAAGAAGAGGAAGAAGAAGAUUCUGGCUCCGGAUCAGGCCGUUCUGCUAGCACCAUUCCAGACAAGCCCAACCGAAAGUCGCCGCAUAAAGUCUGGGAAUUUUAGAGCUCUGUUUUAAAUUUCAUGGACCAGUUAUAGCGCAACAAGGACCAAUGACAGUGGCAGUUUUGCUUGCUUCGAAGACAAAAACAUUUCAAAAGAAUGUUCGCGAAAACUAAAUCUUUUCUUUGCGUUUUCGAGAAUAUCCUUUGAACCAAAUAAAUAAGCAAACACAAAGCAACAUGGAUUGAAUCUGGGAAGACUGGUAAUGAAAAUUGCAUGCAAAUGAGACCGGGUGUCCGAAAAAGAAGUCUCAGUGGUGCCUACUUGGUAAAUAAGUAUAAGUUAAAAUAAGUAUCAUUGCCAGAUAAAAUCAUAUUUGUGAAAUAACGUUAUAUUAUCGCAUGGUAAAGAUCAAUGACCCUUACCUUGACACCUUUUAGGAAAGCUGUCAGAUUGACAACUUGCACUUUUCAAUCAAUUUCUCUUCACACGCUCCUUUAUCUUGUCUUGCUAAAUUUAGCAUUUAGUUUCCUUUUUGCAGCAACUUGUUUGAAACGAAAAAUAAAAUUGCACUUUGCAGUGGAUGAAAUCAAAUUAUAUUGACCUCAAUAAUAAAAAAAAAAUACUCAGUAAUAAAAUACUACACAAUUUUGUGAUUUUGUUCACCUCUUCUUGGGACGCCACAUUUGAUUCCUUAGCUUUGUUAAGUUUGUUCAUCGAGGGCUCAAAGAGCGGAAAAUAAAGCACCUGUGUUACUUUGACCAAUGAGAGACACCGUGGUCAAUGUGGCGCUCGGUGAAGAGAGUAUAUCCGCUGAGGUCGUGAUAUUUUUGGAUAUCUCCUACUGAUUUGUUAUUAAACCCGAGGCAAAUGAUAUUUUUCUCCUUUUGGUAAAGCUUCCAAGUUCUUGUCAUUUGAGGUGGUGUAUAUUUUCUUUGAGUUUUGCUCCGCGGAGAGCUUUAAGAAUAUUUUGGAAAAUUCGCAAAAUAAGUCGAUAGACUGACGAUAGUAAAUUAAAUAACAAGAGCAGUUUAGUCUAUCAAGGUACUUAUAAAUCAAGUUUUAGACGCUAGCAAAGGUUGAUUGUAAAUGAGAUUAUUAUUACUCCUCUUCAAACGUCAAAUAAAGAGUUUCAU